UCAUCUUCCAGGCCAAUAGAUUGAAAAACUUUCAAUCUGACGUUCUUUCUUUGAGAUUGAAAUGGCUAGUUCUACUGCUGCAGCAUCUAACACGUCCAGAAAGAGGGCAAGAAAAUCAACACCUUCAUCUCGAAGGGUAUGGACUCCAGAAGAGGAACUUACUCUUGUAGAUGGAUUAAAAGAAUUGUGUGUUAAUGGUUGGAGAGGAGAUAAUGGAACCUUUAGACAUGGAUAUUUAAUGGAAUUGGAACACUACAUGAAUGCUCGUCAUCCUAACUGUGGAUUGAAAUCUCUACCACAUGUUGAUUCUAAAAUAAGAGCAUGGAAAAAGAGUUAUGCAACAAUAUCGUUGCUAAAGAGUCGAAGUGGUUUAGGAUUCCAAUAUAGUGAUGGAAGUAUCUUAGUUGAUGAUCCUAAAGCUUGGGAUGACUUGAUAAAGGUUGAUCCAAAUGCCAAGUCAGUGAACUUAAAAAAAUGGCCAUUAUUUGCUGACUGGGAAGUGAUAUUUGGCAAGGAUAGAGCUACUGGAGAGUUUGCCGAAGGGCCAGAAGAUGCUGUUGAAGAAAUAGAAAGAAUUGAAGCUCAAGAAAUUACUGAUGGCAUGUCUGUGGGAUUUCCUAUUGAUGUUGUCGACGUAGAUGAUGCUUCAGGCACAAGAGAAGAUCAAGCUGCUCAAGAGGAACCUAAUGUAUCAACUGGAGCAACACAAAGUCCAUUUACUACUCAAGAUGAACCUAAUGAAUCAACUGGAGCAGCACAAAGUUCAUUCACAACUCAAAAAGGUGAAACCCAUCAAUCUCAAAAACAAGGUAAUAGUUUUAAAGCAUCAUCUUCUAAAGUCAACGAAAAAGGUAGAUGCAAAAAAAGAAAAACAACUGAAGAUGAUAAUGAGACUGUUCUUAAAGGUUUGAUGGAGGUGAUGAAACAAUUCACUGAAAGCCAUGAUAAAAGGAUGGCUUCUUUAAUUGACAAGCUAGAAGAGCGUGAUCUAUCUGAGAUUCGUGGUAAGAUAUUUUCUAUUAUUGGAUCCCCUGCAUUUGAAAUAUACAACUCAGAUGAACGAGUCAAGGCAGCAAUGGGAAUUACUCAAGAUAUAAAGAGGAUGGAAUUCUUCUUAAGCAUCAGUGAACUUGAACGCCACAGUAUGAUAUGGAUGAUUAUUAAUGAUAAGCUUUAAAUCACUGAUGGUUUUUGUGUAGCUAUUUUGUAAGGUCUAACUAUAAUGGGAUUUUUUGUUACCUAGUAGAAUGUCCACAAAUGUACAUAUAUGUGAAUGUUGUGGGCUUAAAGUAGGUUGUUUUUGUAUAACAAAUGCAUGAUUAGGUUCAACAUUAGUGUUUUUUUAAGUAGCCAACUCAGAUGCUCUUCAGA